GGAAGGCUCUAGGAGAUUACAAGAAAAGACAAGCACACAAGAUUAUGAGAUGAAAGAAGAGGAGGGAGAGGAGGAGGAGGAGGAAGAAGAAGAAGAGGAGGAGGAGGAGGAGGAGAAGAGGGGCUCUGUGAAGACCAAACAGCAUUUUACAGCUCUUCCUGACUACCCAAAGCACAUCAAACUGGACAAGCACAGUUUUGAAGAAGAGGAGGAGGAAGAGGAAGAGGAAGGAGGAGGAGGAGGGUUAGGUGUGGCCCUCCCUCCCCCUCCCACACCACUGCAGUCCCAGCCUCUGAUUGGCCAGCUCUCAGCCAAUCAAGAGAGAGACUUUAUGGCCUUGCAGGUUGAAUUGAGUGAAGCAAGAGUGGAAGUAGAGAGGCUGAGAGACAGACUGGGACAACUUGGUGAUUUGAAGGGACAAGUGAAUGCACUGAGAGAGAAGGUGAAGGUGGAGGGCAGUUCCUACCUGUCGUAUGUGUCUCAGGUGUCGUCGUCAAUCUUGGACUUGAUCUUCCAGAUACAAGACGAGAACACAAGCAAGAGGAAGGAGGAGGAGGAAGAGGAGAGGAAGAGAUCGGACAGCCUUCACCAGCAGCUGACAGAGACCCAACACAAGCUGGCAGACACUCAACACAAGCUGGCAGACACACACAGACUGGCUGAUGUUUAUAAAGGCCAGUUGGAAGAUGCUCACAGGGAGAUUGAAGUAUAUAUGGACCAAUUGCAUAGACAAGAACAAAGCCUACAGCAAGCAGCAACAGAAGCAGAGGAAGCAAGACAGAAGAUGGAGGAGGAGAGGAAGAAGGAGGUGGAGGAGGUGGAGGAAAGGUGGAGAGAGAAGAUGAAGCAAGCUACUCUAGAACAUGAACUGGAGAUGGAAGAGUUAAGACAGCAGUUAGGAACAGUGAAGGAGGUUGAGGCAGGAGAAGGAGGAAGCAGUGGAAGAAGAAGGGAACAAGAUCAGAGCUGAGUGGAAGAAAGAUUUGCAUAGGAAAGAAGAAGAAAAGAAGAGAGAAAGACAAGAAUUUCUGGAGAAUGAGAGGAGGCACUGGGAGAAGGAGAAGGAAGAGGAAGUGCAGAGGAAACUUGCUCUUGUGGUGGAGGAAGGCCGAAGGGAACUGGAGGAGGAGAGAAAGAGGCACAGGCUGGAAGUUGAAAGCAUAAGGUCUAGAUUUAGAAUGAUGACAACGACGACAGCCACCACCAGCACCUCCCCCACUAGCAUGCCUUUCUCUUCAAGUCCCAGCGAGGAGCACCCGCCCUCCUCCCCACCCUCGUCUCUCAACAGAUGGGAGGGCCUGGACAGACUGAGAGAGGAACUGAUGAAAGAGAGAGAGAUAGAGAUUGAAGAGAGAAUUGCAAGUAUAAGAGAGGAAGAAAGGAGGAAACUAGAUGACGAAAAACAGAUGGAGUUUGCAGAAGCGGUGAAAGCUUUGGCACAGGACAAGGAAAGGGUUAUUGAAGAUUUAAAGAUUAGGAUUCAGCUUCUAACAGAUGAAUGUGACAGAAGAAGAGGAGGAGGAGGAGGAGGAGGAGGAGGAGGAAGAGAGGAGGAGGAAGGGAGAAAUGUUGGAGGACAGAUAUUGCAAGAAAAUGUUGAAUUGAAGAAUGAGAUCACCUCACUGCAGAAACAAGUCAGAAAUUUGGAAAUUGAACUGGCAAGAGCAAAACGGUUUUCAUUUGUGACGCAGCAGAGCACCACCGCCACCACCACCACCACCACCACCGCUGCUGCUGCUGCUGCCAUCGACAUGACAGCCUCCACAGCCUCAAUGACUGUUAAUGAAGACACAAGAGAGAAUUUGCCACACCAGGCCAGCCCACUCCUGUCUCAUGGUACCAUCACCUUUAAUUCCUGCCAGACUGGGGACACACUGUUGGUGGUUUGGGAUGCAAUACAUGGCCACUACAGUGUUCAUUUUGAAACCGUUCAUGCUGAGGAGGGUGAAAACUGAGGUGGAAAAUGAAUAAACUUACAGACAAAAUUGAGAAAGACGGCGCCAUUUGCAUCAGCUGAUGAGGCCCAGACCGAGACCCAAACAUUCUCUCCAGUGCGGUUCCUGCAGCCUGUGUGAUGUGAUUAUUCAUAUUUUUGCCUACCUACACACCUGGCCGGCACUCCCACAGCGUGUAUAGAGACUGAGAACCAAAUGUGGAUGAAGUGGAGAGAAUCCAUUCAAAUUUACAGCAGAUGGAUAGAUUCCUUGGCCCUUAUCCACAUGAGUCCUGGAAGAAGUGGAUCUCUCUCACUCAGCACAUGGAGGAGACAGAACUGAAGUGGAUGAUCCCGCUGUCAGGUUGAGUUUGUUCGGCAGCAAAAUUAAUACCUGUCACUGGGUUCAGGUCUUCCAAGACACGCAGACACACACAGCAGCCCCUCCACCUCCUGGGUUCAGAUCUUCCCAAGACACACAGACACACACAGCAGCUUCUCCACCUCCUCACAGCCCUCCACAGCCCCUGACAGCCUUCAUACACCACCAGAACAGCAACACAGCUU